GAGAUGUAGGAGGUAGGAAGGGAGGGGGUGUGUGCAAUUCAAAGGCGGUCUUUCAGUUAAAAUCUCAGAACGAAUGUAGAUAGCUAUGUUAACUAAUGUGUUCUGGGGUGUAGCUGUGUAAAUAACACACGUCUGUAAUAGGUAUUUGUCGACAUUUUUAUCGAGAGGUUAGCUGCUGCAAUAGCGAAGCGCUUAGUUUUAGCUUAGGUGGCUUUACCUAAGAGACGGUGUGUGAGGGAAAGAACAAGAGGGAGAACCAGGGGAGGGGACGGAGGGUGUACAGGCUGCUUACGGGACGCACAGGCACUCUGAUUGUGCUGCCAUAAUUUAAGUGGCGGGGACCAAAAAAUAUUUUGGAUUUUAAAAGGCCCAGGAAUUGUGUAUAUGUGACGCCCCCCAACUCCACCGCGACUGGCCGGGGUUGUCAAGACGAGAGAGGGAGAAGGGAAAGCGGCGGAGCGGUCUACCCAAGCCCGGGGUUUCGUCCUUUUGCAGAGGAAUUCAAAAAAGACAAAUUACUCUCUCCACUGGGCCCUCUGCGUUACCAGUGGAAGUGGUGGAGGUAAAGGGAAGUUUUACGUACCCAUGUCCCUCGAACUUGAGAGUUCGUGAAGAAUGCCUAACGAACAUGCUGAGGUCCAACAGCAAACACCACGGAACACUCAGAACCAGCACACUCACCACCAGAUGUCCCUUCACUCCAGCCAUGCUUCCCUCAUGCAGGGUUAUGGGGCUAGAAGCAGAGGCGGUGGAGGUGGGAAAGGGUUGCAAGGUAGUCACUUGAGUGAAAAUCCAUACCAAAAAGAAGCCAUUGAUUAUUAUAUGUCAGUGAGUGGAAAACAAAGUUCAAGGAGAGGGAGCCAAGGACUGGAAUAUGGGGUCAGUUUUGGAUAUUCGGAUGUAGGUGGACAAGUGCCUCACCAAUAUCGACAUGCUGGAAAUGGUCCAGGGUCUUCUGUGAUGUCUCACUAUCAGCUGGACUACACUGCUUCAGCUGCCACUGGUGGAAAUAGCAGUAGCAACAGUAGUAAAAGUGGUACUGGAGCCUUUUCUCCUACACAUCAGUAUUGCUUAAGUCAAAAUCCCUCAGUCCAAUCAACUCCUGGACACCAGAUGCACCCACGCCAACAGGGUCAAGAUUACUCUUCCCAUCAACCCUUUCCACAAAGGCAGCAGCACAGAGGUUAUCCUCUUUCUGGACAUAGACCACUUCCCCAGUUCUCCCGGGUCCCUUUGUCUAAUGCAUCUGCAGAGUCAGCUAGGGCAUACAAUUUUCCUCCACAGAGGUAUCUUAGUGGGGGUGCUACUAGCAAUUUUGAGUGUGAAAUUAGUAAUUCAGGUAGUGGCAAUUCAAAAACUGGCUCAAACCAUGGUUCAGUUAAGCCAAGUAAUAUGGCACAGUUUGACAGCAGUCGGCUAAGCUAUAGCUCUUCAAAUUACCCAGCAUAUGAUUUCCAUACUUCUCAGUCACCUCAUAAACAAUCUGUUUACUCACAUCGAUACACCCAGAAUAAUUUGAAACCAGACUAUGAUUCAUCCAAUAAAAUUAUUUCCUCCAGUUUAACUUCCUGCUCACCUUACCCUAAAUACCCUCAGGCUUCCACUGCAUCCUCAAACUCCCACAAUUCUUCAAUGCCUCAGUACGUCUCCCAAGAGAUACCCAAAUCUGUAACUCAGAAUCAGCAACCACAGGUCCAUCCAAACUUCAGCCCAAUUUCUAAUCCAUCUCCAGCUGCCUCAGGAAUACAGUCACCCAACUGUAGCUCAUCACCUUCUCCCCUGUUGGGUGCUUCUGAAGGUCUAGGAAACUCUGCUGUUAACCCCAGUGAAUUGACAUCAACUACUUCUAUUCCAAAUCGUCGAAACAGCCACAAUCAGAUAUUGCGAGCGGCACCUCAGUUGAGUCCCACACCCAGCUCUAACAGCAGUGUUAGUAGUUUUGGGAGCAGCAGUGGUAAUGUAAACACGAUUGGCAUAAAUGCAAGUCCAAGUGGGAGUCAUUCAGUAUUGACUCAAAGCCAGUUGGGAAGAGGAAAGAUAUGUGAUGAGAAUUAUUCUUCUCUGUACCCAUCUUCUGUUGACAAGCUGACUCGGGAUCCAGGGAUCAACAGUCUAAAUGCAUUAACAUCACAAGUGGCUAAUAUACCUAAUACUGUCCAACAUAUGCUGCUUUCAGACUCUCUGAUUUCAAAAAACAGAGGAAAAGAUGAACCUGCAUAUGAAACUGGUGAACAUUAUCAAAUGCUUCAGAAUUCACAUGGCCUGGCUGCCAAUCAGGAAGGAAGUAAGACUAUGAGUAACAGUUGUAGUGAUAGUGCAACAAGGACUGUACGAAUGGAUAUGGGGGGUGCUCAACCUGACAGUGGAAUGAAUGAGAGUACUGAAGUGGUGAAGCGGGAAGGAGAAGAAAACUCUUCAGGAGGAGGAGAUAGCAUGACUAGGCAAACAAGUGGAACUAGUACUGAGUCUGGCUACAACCAUUCAUCCCAGAAUCUGGCAAAACAGGGUUUACCAUUAGAAUUAGUAGUUGGAGCAUCCAAAAUUAAGAGACAGACUUUGGCUUUUCCAAGAGGAAAUGAGCAUAGUAUUCAUAGUACAUCUUCUUCUUCCCCAUCUUCUCUACCUUCUUCAGUAGAACCCAGUCCAAAUAUACCUCCUCCCUGCACACUUUCUUCUUUUACUUCUACUUCUGUCAGUCCAUCUCCAACACUCAAGUCCCCUAAGGAGCCUAUUGUGAGAAGUAUUGAUCGAAGAAAUUGUAACAAACUCCAGGAAAAUUAUGAUGCUAAUGGCAGAAAAAAGAAAAAUCAAGCAGACCAGGAUAUCACAGUGACACUGGAAGGAUCGAGAAGUGACAUGCCGAGAAUUGGGAAUGACAAAUUGGAGAGCCAUGACAAGCGAAAAGCUGAAGAAGCACAGAAGGGCUCAACAACCCUAAGCGGAAAAGUGGAAGAUUGUGAAAAAAUUGUAAAAACACAAAACCUGGACAAUCCUCAUAAAAUUUUGAAAACUGGAGAAACUCAAAACACAGGAGGAGUAGGAGUGAUUGUCUCUACUCGUUCUGAAAUGACUGAACAUAAUACUUUAUUGGAAUCUCCUCAAGGUGCUCCCUCUGCACCACAACAUUUAGACAAUGAAUUGCAAAAUUCACAAAAUAGUACAGACAAGAUUCAUUCUUCCAAUGCUUUCAAAGAUGCCAGAUGUGUCAAUGGGCAAGGUGGGGGUAGUAUUUGUACCCUCCCCUCAGUGAAUGGAACCAACAUUCCCCCUGAACCCAGUUAUGAGCAGUCACCAUCAUGCCACCAUUCCGGAAAGCAGAGGUCACCAUAUGGAUACUCUGAACUUGUUGGCAGUAUGAUGGAUUUAAAAAAGGCAGGCAGUAUAGAAACAAGUACAGGGAAGGAAGCAAAUUUAAGAUAUGAAAGUCAGCAUCAGCCACCACUCAGUUAUAUCCCAGGACAAAAAAAGGGAAUGGUGCCAACAGGCAUAAUGAAACUGGGAAGAAGAGGAACAAUAAGAGAUCAAGAUAUUAAUCCUCCAGUGCAACAGUCAUCUGCCAGUAUUUUACAAGAAGUACUUCAAGGCUACCACACAGAAAAAACCUAUGACCAUACUAAAAACUCAGUCAACGUGCCCGACACACAUCCCCAGUCUCAAAAUAUGGCUCAUAAUCUUUCAAGACAUUCCUAUGGUGUGAGUAAAAGCAUGAUGCCACGCAGUCUAGUCCCACAAACUGGGCUCAGCCAGGAUCAUCAAGCCUCACUUCCAGCAGCAGUUCCUGUGAAGGAUUACCCUCUAAACCUUAAGCAGAGCAGUACUACUGGCAUUGGACAGGAUCCUCCUCCGACGUCUUGGGCUCCUGUUGGAAUGGGAAGAGCACACGGUGAGUCUUCAGGGAAAUCCAAAAUGGCAACAUCUCCAAAUCGCCCUGCAGCUAUUUUACCAGAAACCACUGAAUCUUCUCAACAACCACCAUUAAAAAACAUUAAUUUGGCAGACUAUCUGCUACCGCAUAGAAUACCCUUCACAAACCCACAAACUUCGUCAUCUGCCGUGCAGCAAUUGUUGUUGCAGGAUACCGAGCCAAUAGGGGGCAGUGACCUACCUGUAAAAAAGCCUCCAAUGGCUUCAUCCUCAUCAUCUUCAGAGCGUUGUUCAGUAAUCUGCGAUGUAUCUCUCCAGAGCACACCUGAAAAGGAAAAGGACAGACAUGAAGACGAGGUAAAAGAGACUUGUAAGGAAACUGGUUACACUGGUGCUUCUGUAAUUCAGCAAUCACAUUCUACUACUUUAGAAGGCCUGCAAGACAACAGUAAAGAGAACAAAAGUGAGGUGAAGAUGGAAACUGAAUGCAGUGCUUCAAAGGAGGUCUUUAGUCAGAAUGAUAAUCCUACCCUUUAUUGUGGACAAUUACCAGAGAAGAAAAGUGCAUUCCGACAGCAAAGCAGAUCUCCAUACACAUCUGUGAACACAAGCACUGACAAUCACAGUUUGUCCACUGGAGAGAAUAGACAUAUAAAUGUAUCAAAUGUCAACCCCUCUCAUUUUCAUCAAGCCCCCCGUACUCUUUCCUCUAACCUUAAUCUUCAGGCAUCACCUUCAACAAGAUGUCAGUCAAACUAUCCAGGGAUAGAUGGAUGCGGUAGUCAUUCAGGAUAUGGGUUUGAAAACUUCAGAGAGAGAAGCCAUUUUCUUUCUCAGAUCCCUCCUCAGCACGAUAUACCUUCCAAAUUUCAGUUUGGAAACUCUCAGCCAAACAAAAAACUGCAAAUGUAUUCUCAUUCUCACCCUCAUCAGUACUCCCAGGAUACAGACGACAAACGUGAAUGGGAAGCCUUACACAAGAACAGGAUAUCAAAGGAUAUGAUGGUGUCUAGUAGUUCAGGAUCAAGUAGCCAGCAGUAUCGCAGCCAAGCAGGGAUGAGCUCCCAAGCCUCUCAUAGUGACCCAGCGGGUCAGCCGAAAUUACUCCACCAGCAAUUCUCUCGGCAGGGUAGUUACUAUGAUAUGAAAAUAUGGAACCUCUCACAAUCUGGAAGAGAGGGUGGAGGGACCCUUGAAUGCACCCAACCAGUCUUUCAAACAAAUCAGACCGGUGUAGUUACUCCUGGGUCCGAUACCUCAAGAGGAGUUACAGAAAAAGUCAAAUCAUUUCCAUCAGUGCCAAGUUCUCAAAAACCAUCUGCUCAUGGUAGUUUUGCUGGUAGUACAGUUAACUUAGGGACUCAACAAGGUCGUAGUCCAGUGAAAACAGAGCGUGCUGGAGAAACUAACCCAUUAAUGAUGAGAAGGAGGGUUCGUUCUUUCAUAUCCCCAAUUCCAGCAAAGAGACAGCAUCAAGAUUUACCACAGCAACAACGGAGUACUCAGACCCUGUAUCCUUCUCCUUUAAGUAACACUGCAUCCAGACAUCAUGAUACUGGUCCAUCAAGUCCUGAUGUGCCCCAUUCCGGAAUGGCCAUUCCAGAUGCUAAUUGUAAUAAGCUAGCUCAGAAUAUGAUGCUAACAUCUCCAUCUUCUCAGGGUAAAACCAACAUUUUACCACCUAGGAAAGGUCGUGGCUUGAAACUGGAAGCGAUAGUGCAGAAAAUAACACCCAAUGUUAAAAACAAUAGAAGUCUCACCGAUUUUGCGUGUACUCCACUAACUGGAUCUUCUCAUACAGAUCUAGUACAUUACAACUCUGACAACCAAGAACAAGAGUCUUGCAUUGGGGACAGUUUAUCUGAAUCUGUAACUGGACAUGGAAGUUCUCAUUCUUAUCUGGAUGAAGGUCUCUCAUUGGAGGAAAUUAUGUCCUACAAGGGUGUUGAGGAGAUUGGCCCCUUGGCUCCCACUGCCUACCCUUGUGACCUCCAACAGAACCCCCCUAUUGUGAAAUUUGGGACCUCAGGGAAUAUUAACCGGAGUGCGGUUGAGGAUUUGAAGCAAGAAACCCAUUUUAGUAUAGAAGGUCAUGGUCCUCAAUUUACAGAAAAAGACAGUUCAGGAGAAGGCAAAGAAGAAUUGAGGUUGUCCACUGAUUUCACUCUUUUGGGACCUUUGCCACCUGCACCACCAUUACCUUGUCCAGUACAAGCUUCUCCACCUCCAUCAUCUUCUGUUUUGUCUGAUAUUCAACAAUUCACUAAUACAUACCAGCAACUAGAGACACGGAGAGGAGAGGACUCUGCAGAAAGCUUUUUGAGAAAGAAGUUAACAGAUUCUGGGCUGGGAUUAGGUUUAGAUGAUUAUUCAAGCAGAGACUUUUAUGGACCCAGCUCAUUUCACCAUAACCAGCAUCAAAGACAGUGCCUGUUACCCAGACACCCAAAUAGUCUUCAGAUACACCAGCAAAGUCCUUUUGGUCAAACCUUAUCUUCAAUGUCAAAUUCAUCACAAUUAAAUGAACUGAAACCCCUUGAGACUGUUGUUCCUAAAGGUUAUUUUCCAUCUGGCAAGAAAAAGGGGCGGCCUGUUGGUAGCGUGAAUAAACAGAAGCGUGCGCAAGUUCAAUCCCAGAAUGCGUCCAUUAAUGCUUCUCCUGUUAUAUCUACACCUAUACAAAUACCUGGCCCUACUGCGACUGCAGAGACUAUUCCAAGUACCGUGACCACAACGCAAAUUUCUGUACCCACUUCUGUAACGGACACUAAAGAAUCAUUUGAAGUGCCCUCUAAUGCUUCUCAAAUGUUGAAUAUGGAUAUAGAGAACAAGGAUGUUCACCCCAAGGUUGAAUUUGAACAAACUGACCAAGGACUAUGCAAGGAAGAUGACAGUCAAAGAGCAAAGUUAGAGGAAAAGCAGCAAAAGAGGAGAAGAAGAGUAGGUGGGCUGAUGGGAAAAGAGAUCCUCCAAGCCUGUGCAGGAACCGAAGAAAAAUGUGCAACUGGAAUUUUUCAAGAUAACAGGAAAUCUGUAUUUUCACCUUACAUUCACGUCGAGAGAAAACAGGAAAUUGGUGCUGUGUGUACUAUAGUGAAUGAAGAACAAGAAAAGUCAAAGGGAGAGAAAAAAGAAGGUGUAAAGGCUGACAAUCUCUUGAACUUACUUUCUUCUGAGAUAAAAAUGGAUAUAGAUAUUGAGGUAGUGAAGGAGAAAACAAAGAUGGAACAAGUUGAUUCUAGUCUUCUUCAGUCAUGUACAGCAGGAAAGACGAUUCCAUUGUCUGGGUAUGUGCUUUCAGGACCUGUAAGUACUGAGACAGGUAAUUCUGGUCAACUGCUGUGUUGUUUAUGCAAGAAGUGGGCAAAUUACAAGAAUCUAGGGGAUCUUUAUGGACCCUAUUACCCUCCCGAAUAUGUGGCAAGCCUUCCUAAGAACCACCCUCAGAUUCGAAAUAGUUUAGGGACUGCCAAGCUUGGUAAUAAAGGAGCAGAUUUAGGAACAUGUACAACGGAAUCAACAAAACAGGAUACACAACAAAUAGAACCACAAAUGUUAAAGCCUACAUUAGAUACUGUUUAUGCAGGAAAUGAAGCUGAAAAACAGUCUACUGUUACUACGACAAAUGCAACCUCUACAGUGGAUGGGGGAAGAGUUUUGGAAAACAUUGAUAAUGUGUACAACAAUAUGGACCUGAACCAAAAAAGUGAUCCGUUUCCAGAGUUGACAGAUAUUGUGAGUGCAGUGAUGAAACAAGAACUGGAGCAACCGCAAGAACAGCAAAAUCAGGACCAGUUGACAGAAGACACCCAGCCAAGACCACAACACAGAAAGCUCACCUCCCAUCCACGCUUUAAAAGGCGACACAGACCCGGUGACGACUUGCCCAAGACUACCCAGAGUAAUUUUAAAACCUCACUGCCAUUCCAGCCACCUCCUCAGCUACUUAACCAAGACCCCUCUGAGCCCUUGGCGCAUCUGGCUCAGCUUCCUGAAGUCCCACUGGACCAUAAUGAAUUGUGGGUACAUGAGGGAUGCAUAGCCUGGGCCAGUGGAGUGUUUCUGGUCAAUGGACGUCUGUAUGGCCUACAGGAGGCACUAGAUGGCGCCAUGGACACAAGCUGCUCUUAUUGUGAGCAAGUGGGUGCAGCACUUGGUUGCUAUAGUAAGGGCUGUUCUCUAAGAUGCCACUAUGUGUGCGCAAUAGCGGACUGCUCCCUAAAUGAAGAGAACUUUUCACUGCGAUGUCCAAAGCACAAGUUUUCCCAAAAAAAUGCAGUAGAGAAGGGCGUCCUUUCAGAGCAGUCGGAAAUGGGCUGAGUCAGUGGCUGUGGGACAGAGGCACCCUAGCAACUGAGAUCGCCUGGCCGGACCUGAGAAAAAAGCCACUGACCUUUAAUGACACCGAAAACACCGUGGUUAAACUUAAGAGAACAAUCAAGAAGAACUAACCAAUCAAGAAAAGAGACCACAGAGGACAGCAAUGCCUGUUUGUUAAAAACCGAAGUGAAAAAAAUGAAAGCUCAGUGGAUUAAUGUUCAGACCUUCUCGGAGGAUGAAUUGACUGAAACAUUACAUGUAAGAAAGGAUGAAAAAAAGGGAAGACUUUGUUCCUCUCUGGCAAACUUUGAAUGUGAAAUAUUUUGGAAAUGAAUCACUUUCUUUAUUGUCCUUUUAAUGUUAUUUGUUAUUUUUCAAAGUCCAAAAUGUAUUAUUAGAUAGAGUUAAGUGCAAGUGGACCAUUCAAAAUGAACUGCUUCACAUAAAGGACUGAGGUUAACGCUUGGAUUUUUACAUUACGUGUGUUGCAUCUAUUAUUCAUAUUAUUAUUAUUAUUCCUAUAUACAGCAUUAUUGUGAUGCAUAUAUUCAUUUUUAUGUUAUCAUCAGUAUUUUGUAGUUGAAUAUAAAUGAAAGCAUUUAAUUUUUAUUGUUGUUUUUAUCACAUAAAAAUGCCUUUUAAAUAGAAAUGACAUUUCAGUAUUGCCGUACCACCUCUUCUGAAGAGGACACAAGCUUGGAGUUUCCACAGAGACAUCAAGGCCUUUGCUUUCGCAUCACUCACAAUCUCCGCGCGUGUGCGUGUGCGUGCUUGCGUGUGCACAUCUGUCUGUCUACCUUUUCCAUCAUUGGUAGUAGAUUAUUGCUUCUCAUCUUUGGGAUUUCACAGUGCAAAAUGGUGUACCUAUGAAUAAAAUAAAAAUAGUGUUAUUUUUCAAGCAAGGCAGGACUAAGGAAGUCUUGUUCUCAGAAAUAAGCCAGCAACAGUAUUGAUAUCAUCUUUGGCUUUAGUGAACGAGAUACGAUUUUGUGAAACGGUAAACAGCAGAUGGAUGUUCUAGAACAAGGUCUUUAUUUUUCUGCUCUGAAUGUAUUUAAUAUCCAAAAAUACAGGGAGAUGCUAAGAGACAGAGUGUGAAAGGAUCCAUAUAAAAUUGUUAAAAAGUAAAUGGUAUUAUAUUUAAUACUAUUUUUUCUACUCUGGUUAAAAAAAGGGAAAAUAUUGACGUAUUACAUUACAAACCUGUCAAUAUGACUGAUAAACACAUAAGACGAAAACAAUGUUCUUUUUUUCUUUAAACAUUUCUUUGUGUCCCAUUGUCUUUAUUAAAAGAUCAUGUAGGUACUCGUGCUGCUACUGAAGUCCUGGCUAUCUAACUUGUAUCUGUAAGUUUUACAUGCUGGAAUAUGUGCUGAUGACCUUCAAAUGUGCAGAAGAGAAAAAGUUUUGGUGGAGGCUGGGCCUGUUACGGAUCAUAGCAGACAGGAACUCUGUCUGGUUCUUUGUAGUGCAGACCUCUACGGUAUUUUUAUGCAGUGAAAAAAGACAUUUCAACCAGCUUAUCAGCUAGUGCCAAUGUCACAAGAAAAUGGCCGAAAUAUUUACUCUGCUGUGUUCUGCAAAUUGGACACUGAUUUUACUUAUUUGGUUACUUUGUCAGAUUGGCUGCUGUCGCUGCUGAUGUUCUGCAUUAGUAGUUCUGCUGUUGGUUAGCCUUUUGUCUCAUUCUGUUGACCGUGUUCUGUUCAAAAUGGUGAGUCGUGGCUGUUGUACUGUUUUUCUUUCUGACAUCGCUGCUUUAUAAAUGGUGACGCUUUGAGAUCAGUACAGUUUUACAUGUGUGUGGUGCUCUGCAUUCCCAACGGCUGUGAGGUAAGGCUUCGUGUGUUUCAGCGGUUCUCCCUUGGACCAUACCACUGUGAUGGAUAGUGGGGGGGAUCUUGCAACCUAUAACUGGUGGGAGCAGGAUAUGAACAGUCCAUGAAGGGCAUUUUAAUAUGUUGCAUUGAAUAUUACUGUAAGCACUGUGCUUCUAACCUUUAAUCUUAUCUUUACAGUCUUAUCUUUGAAAUAACAAGGUUUGGAAAUUCUGA